AGCUUCGGGAUUAUUAGUAAGCUCCUCUUCCCUUCCCCCACCACUCCGACGAAAAAUCUCUCCCCCUUCCUCUCCCUCCUGUGAGGGGUCGUAUAUGUUAUAUAAACCCAAAGGGGUUCACUGCUUCUGCACUGUGAUUCAUAUAUAUAUACACACAGAUAGAGAAGAAGAAGAAGAAGAAGAAGAAACGAUGGAGGAAGAGGCGGAGAUUAUGAGGAUAGGAGGAAGAAGUAGGAGUGGGAGCUUUAGGAAGGGAAGUUUCAGGUUAGGAUCAGUGAGCAAGAGAAGCAAUUUUAGUUGCAAGGAUGAGGGUGUGGUGAAGCUCGGAAGCAUAGACACCCACAGGCUUCUGCUCACAGGGGAGAGAGAGAGGCAGCAUCAUCUUCGAACCCUUCCCGCCAACUCUCUCUCCUCCAGGCAGAUGAAAACCCUAACUGCCCUCUGCGACGCCAUCUUGCCCGCCAUCAACGACGUCGUUUUUCCCCUUGACCCCUCCCAUGACCCCGUUGCCACCUUCUUCCGCACCUCCGCUUCCAUGGCCGGAACUGACCAGCGUGUUGGAGGAAUAAUAAGUGAGAAGCUGAAGCACCCAAACACGGAGUUACUGAAGUUGGUGCUGUGGAUGAUGUCAACGUGGGUGGGGACAGCGAUCCUGUGUGGGCGACCCAGCGUGUCGCUUCGCCUGCCUUUCCUGCACACGCUGCCUCACAUCCCUCUGCACAAACGACGCCGCAUCAUCAACUCCUGGUUCUCCAGCGCCUUCCCUCACCUUCGCAUGCUCGCUCGCACCCUCAAAGUCCUCACCCUCCUCACCUUCUUCACCCAGCUAGACGAAGCAGAAGACAAUCUAACAUGGAAAGCAAUAGGAUACACGGGACCCGACCCGGAAUUCAAAGCCCAGUUGAAGGACCACUUCCUUCAGGGAACAGCAACGGAAGCAGGAGGACAAGACCAGAAACGAGGAGAUCGUGACGAGGAAGAUGAUGCCGAAGAGGUUGUGGGACCACUUUACAAGGGUCUUGUCCACGUGGACUGCCCCCGAGACAUCACCAUUGAUGCUCUGCGACGUCGAGGAUUCCCCGUCACCGUCCUUCGCCGGAAAAACAAAGUCCCCACCUCCUCAUCUCCUUCCUUAGUCAUCCAAUGCGACGCGGUGGUCGUCGGUUCCGGCUCCGGUGGAGGUGUAAUCUCCGGAGUCCUGGCUAAAGCCGGCUACAAAGUUCUGGUCUUGGAGAAAGGAAACUACUCUGCAAGAAACAAUCUCACUCUUCUUGAAGGACCAAGCAUGGACCAAAUGUACCUUUCUAAUGGGCUCAUUGCUACUGAUGAUAUGGGCAUGUUCAUACUAGCAGGAUCAACCGUCGGUGGAGGAUCUGCAAUUAACUGGUCGGCUUGUAUCAAAACUCCAAAACAUGUCUGCAAGGAAUGGAGCCGAGAAUACGGGCUAGAACUUUUCGAGAGCAAACUAUACAGAGAAGCUUUGGAUGUUGUCUCAGAGAAGAUGGGAGUUCAAUCUGAAAUCAAUGAUGAAGGUUUCAACAAUGCUGUUCUAAGACGAGGUUGCCAAGAAAUGGGUUACCCUGUGAGCACGAUUCCUCGAAAUUCUCCACCUGAUCAUUACUGUGGCUGGUGUGGUAUGGGCUGUAAGGAUGGGAAGAAGAAGGGCACAUCAGAGACAUGGCUUGUGGACUUAGUUAAAUCUGGUAAUGGAGCUAUUCUUCCUAGUUGCACGGCCAUUAAAGUCAUCCACAACAAACACAAAGACAGAGAUCGACAAACAGCAAAAGGAGUAGUUUUUGAGUAUGAAUACAAAGGAGUUAAAGACAUUUGUAUGGUUGAAUCGAAGGUUACUAUCGUAGCAUGUGGAGCACUGUGUACUCCAGAAUUGCUGAAAAGAAGUGGGUUGAAGAACAAGAACAUAGGAAAACACUUGCAUCUUCAUCCAGUAACAAUGGCUUGGGGAUACUUCCCAGACACGCCUUCAUCUGAUGAUUCCGAGGUUUGGCCUGAGAAACAUAAGAAGAGCUAUGAAGGAGGGAUAAUGACAGCAAUGUCAACGGUAGUAGCAGAUUUUGAGAAAUCUGGAUAUGGUGCUGUGAUACAAACACCAGCAUUGCAUCCUGGUGUGUUCUCUCUUCUAAUGCCAUGGGUUUCUGGAACCAACAUAAAAGAGCGAAUGCGCAGGUUUUCACGAACAGCCCAUGUAUUCGCACUUGCAAGAGAUCUAGGAUCAGGGACAGUGAGAUCUCAAGACAACAUCAGUUACAAGAUGAAAGACAUUGACGAGAAGAAUCUGCAGAAAGGGAUUGAGAAGGUGCUAAGGAUUCUUGCGGCUGCUGGGGCUGAAGAAAUAGGGACACAUAAUGAUAAAGGAAGGAGCUUGAAUGUGAAGAAGGUAAGCUAUCAUGAGUUUGAGAAGUUUGUGAAAGAGGAGAGCUCAAGGCCAUUGACAGACCUGUCAACUCCAUUAUGCUCAGCACAUCAGAUGGGAAGCUGCCGGAUGGGGGCGAAUCCGAGCGAAUCGGCGGUGAACCAGAUGGGGGAGACAUGGGAGGUGGAGGGACUUUAUGUGGCAGACGCGAGUGUGUUCCCAACAGCUUUGGGUGUGAAUCCAAUGGUCACUGUUCAGGCCAUUGCUUAUUGCACUGCACAAUCUGUGCUUGAAGUUCUUAGAAGGAAGAAAUCUAGAUGAGGCAUCUUCCUUGUGAUGUUGUGGUUUAGCUCACUGGUACUGAGACCAUUGGGCAGAAAAUAAGAAUUGUUUCCCCGGGGGGGGGGGGGGGAACAGAAUGAUCAUCCCAAUCAUGAUAGCUUUUAAUGAAAAUCUCAGUUGUUUCUAGGUGCUCUAAAGGAAAUGUUCAAUAAAGUAUGCAGGGUUGGAGAAAUUUAGUUCACAGCCUCUUUUAAGAGUGAAUUAGAGUACAGUUUGGACACUUUAUGAUUUUGAGAA